CCCUUCCCAGAGACUGGCCUUUGGUUUGACUUCUGUGCAAUGUCAGUGACUGUAUCUCUGCCCCACAGCUAUCCUACUUGCUGCUAUGACCACUCCACUGGAAGAUGCAAUGGACACCUUGAUCAGGAUUUUCCAUCACUACUCGGGCAAGGAAGGGGACAGAAACAAGCUCAGUAAAGGAGAACUGAAGGAGCUCCUCACCAGUGAGCUCACUGACUUCCUUUCAGGCCAAAAGGACCCCCUUCUGGUCGAUAAAAUUAUGAAUGACCUGGACUCCAAUAAGGACAAGGAAGUGGAUUUUAAUGAAUUUGUCAUUCUGGUUGCUGCUUUAACUGUGGCAUGUAAUGAUUUCUUUGAAGAACAGCUAAAGAAAGAGGAAUUUUAAAAAUCCUCCAUGUAAUUAAUCUCCUGACCACAAAUGCAAGCAAAGCAUGCCUAGUUAGAUAGCCCUCUUUGGUGUUUAGUGAAUGCAAACCAUAAUUCCUCCAACUGUUACUGCUCUAAGACAUUUAUGGAGCUAAUCAGCAGCUGGUGUAAGCUGGACCACAGCCAGCUUGCACGACUUGAGAUGUGCAAUAUUUCCAGUCUUUGCACUCCAUGCGUCUGUAACAUGCCUUCAUCAGUUGGCUUGGGGUGACAGAUCAUUUGGCAUGAGCUGAGACUUCCAUUUCUUCAAUGUCAGUGGAAAGCAAAAGGCAUGGGAAUGUUACUUAUAUACUUUCUGAAUGGAAAAAAUUUGGAAUGAGACAUAACACUUGCAAUUUAGUUUUCAGUCAUUUUAUAAUAAUCUUAUUUUGCAGCUCAAAACCAGGAGAUUCUUUUUAGCUCAGUUCUGCUUAUUCUAAAACCUUUGUUAGCUGCUGCUCCCCAUGCUCAUAUUU